UCUUGCCUACACGUCGUUUGAUUAUCGUUUUGGAUUCAAGUGUGUCUAUUUAGAACUCAGAUAAAAGCUCCAACUUAGUGUCUUUUAGCCAUAUUCACAUAAGUACAGUGUUUGUCUUUCUUCCCUUGUGCAACAUCGAGUAUUUUUUAGACACAGCUACCCAAAAAAGGCUCCUCGUUCAUAGUCCCAGAAUUGUUCAAGCUGAAAAAAAAUGUCACUUACAUGACCAAAAUUGAAUUGAUAGUGCCGUAAAACACCUACUCAAUCAAUCAAUCAAGCUGAAAAAAGCUGGCGAUUAGACGAUAAAUAAUCUUUUCCUGGUAUUACUGUUUAUAGCGUUUUGCCUGAGCGUCUGACGUAUCAGGUCGAAUCUGUAGAAAUAUGGCCUGCUCAAAGCUGAGAAUUUGUCAUUAAAAAAUGAAAAUAUUAGAAAAAUAAAACCUAGAACCAAAGAACUGAAUGUGAUGACACAUUGGAACAAAAUUUUAUACAGUGUACAUUAUAAAUAUUGUAAACAUAAUAUUACUAUGUUUUGCUCCGAAUUUAAAAAAGAAAUUCGCCUGCUCAUUAGCAUAUUGUACUGUUCAACACAGACGUAAUGUUUAAACAAUUUUACUAUUCUAGUACUUUCGGUCCGCAGAGAAAUCAUGGAAGAUUGGAGCACAGCACGGGCCUUCUGGGCGGAGACUGCAGAGCGCUACUUCGUGGACGAUGAGACCUUAGCUGCCACACAGGAAGCUCUGGACAUGGGCUUGAUGCCCCUGAGUAGCCUGAGCGUGCCCGAUGGUCGGAAGAUGCUGGAGAAACUGUACUCCCACAAGCACAGGGUCGCCUUUGAUGGCAAAAUUGAAGAUCAACAAGUACCGUCUAGCGUAACGAAAGGUUACAACAUUCCGGUAACUGUAUACAAACCAAGUUCAAGCUCAGCCGUUAGUACGAUAGUCCUCUACUUCCACGGUGGGGGUCUUAUCUAUGGAGAUAACAAGAAAAUGUACGAGAACUCUCUGAAAACCAUUGCAAAAGGGUCUGCAGCUGUUAUUAUUUACGUAGAGUAUCGCUUGUUGCCUGAAUGCGCCGACACGGACCCGAUGGCUCCUUUUAAUGAUGCUGUUGACGUGACGAACUGGGCUCUCCAAAACAAGACUUCACUUGGAGGACAGGCCAAAACGAAAGUUGGCGUUCUAGGAGACAGUGCCGGAGGGCUAAUAUCCCUGUACGUCUCUGAUAUUAUCAAAGACGUACGCUUUCAAGCUUUGGUGUACUCGUGGAUCAACUUCGACCAAACCGAGGAUCAAUCUUGCCAGGAGUUUGCAAGUGUGCCAGCCUUCAACACGAAAGCGAUGCAACACAUCAUAAAAAUUGUGAACCCAUUGUUAUCUUUUCCUGGAAACAACCCCCGUUUGAAUCCUGCUAUAAGAGAAAAUGUCGCGUCAUCGCCCCCUACUCUGGUUGUGGUGGGACAGUUAGAUCCAUUGAGAGAUAGCAAUGUAGACUAUGCUGGAAAACUGAAGAAAAGCGGUGUUGACACCAGAUUGGUACUAAUGGAAGGUUUACCGCAUGGCUUCUUUUCAGCAGCUAAUUUCGUUAAGGCCAACGUUACAGCAUGCACACAUAUCGUGAGGUUCAUUAAAUCUAUCAACUGAGUAAUUUAAAUAUAUAACCCUUCCUUUAGUGCAUUGCUCUAAAAAUGCCUUAUUCUGAAAAUAAUCGGAAACAAGACGCAACCCUGCUUUUUAUCUUUUUCUUUUUUUUUAACUUUUACCAUCUUUAUCAGGAGAAAUGUCUCAGGAACGUUAACAACUUUUGUGAACUCAAGUUCCUUUUAACCUGCCAAAAGAAAAAGAAAAAGAAGAUGAAAAGAAAAAUGAAAAGAAAAAGCAAGCCGGGAGCCGAUUAAAAAAAUAUGCUGUGGUAUUAUGUUUAUAUUUCGUUUUGAUUUUGUCUUUUUAUAACAUUGUCUUGAACAUUCUCUCAACAAUAUGCUUAGGCUUCAUCCUGGGGGAAAGCUUUCGUACUUUAAAACUUCCAUACUCCCUUCCAGUAAAGUCGCAUCUUUCUUAAUCCAACUUUUUUUUCUGUGACACAGUGACUUGUGCGUAUAAUAUUCUUUAAAAGCUAUGUUUUACCUCAAAACGAAUGUAAAACUUUAUUUUGAUGUUUGC